AACCAGACCAAGAAUGUUGUGGUGAAAGUGUAUUCGUAUUCUGACCACGCCAGCUGAUCGUUCCCCGCCGGUGUGGUGUGAGUGAGUGACAGAGGUGGUGCGCCAUUCAUGUCUUCGGAUUGUUGUGGCCAAGUGCAGGACAGUUUCGGACAGAUUUUCCGCGCGGUUUUCGACACGCACGGCGGUUCUGUUAUCCUUAUCUUAUCGAUCGUCAUGUCAGUCGUCAGUGCCUUCGUUUGGACCGGCGGCAGAGAGCGACGAAAUCCAAGUGGCAGUGACAACGCCAAACACUAACUUACCCGUUUGUUUACGGUUUGGGUAAUGCCAGAAGACAAGAUGGUGGCGCCUUCACGUGGAGAAGAAGUGGUGUGGGACAAGCAAGUGACGAACGGCGGAGGCGCAGCCCUGCUGGCGGAGCACAACGGUGCAGCCAUCACGGGGUCGCCGAGGAGGCCGGAGUCGCGGGGCGAAGACCUGCAGUGCGGUCUGGGAAUGUGCACUCCCGGCUGGCUCCAGGUGUUCGCCUCCAAGCAGGCGUUCCUGGUCACAUUCUGCGUCACCUGGGUGCUGCAGGGGAUGUACUACACGUACUUCGUCAGCGUCAUCACCACGAUAGAGAAGCUGUUUCAGCUGCAGAGCAAGACCACAGGAGUGAUCAUGAGUGCAACGGAGAUAGGUCAGAUAGGCUCCUCGCUGCUGUUGACGUACUACGGCGGCCAGGGUCACCGACCCAAGUGGAUCGCCUGUGGGAUGGUUCUGUUCGCCGUCGCAUCCUUCACCUGCUCCCUGCCGCACUUCAUCUUCGGCGAACAGCUGAUGCAGAGUAGAGAGACGAUGUUCAACAGCAUCACCCAGACGCCUAACUCCACCGUGAUGAGGCCCGACGUCUGCCACGCCGCGGAGUUGUUCUCCCUCAACACUCCGGCGUUGGAGGAGUGUAGAGAGGAGGCGAUGCAGGAGCAGAAUGCGCAGACAAAGACGACAAAGAAAGUGCUGGUGAUAUUCUUCGUGAGUUUGUUAGGCGUGGGGAUGGGACAGACCGCUGUGUACACACUAGGGAUCCCCUACAUAGACGACAACGUGGCUGGUAGAGAGUCGCCGUUGUACUUCGCUAUCACUAUCGGAGUGCGGAUAUUGGGACCAGCGCUAGGGUUCAUCCUGGGGUCUCUGUGUACCCUGUUGUACGUCGACCUCUCCGUGGACCCUCCAGUGACUCCCAAGGACCCUCGAUGGGUCGGCGCUUGGUGGUUGGGUCUCGUGUGCAUCUCCGCGCUUCUGAUGCUCGCGUCCUUAGCCAUGUUUGCGUUUCCUAAAAGACUGAGUACUUGUAGAGUCGUCGCUCCUUCUGUGAAGAAGCGCGAACGCAAGAACCCCAGCCUCAGAGACUUUCCGAAAGCCAUCAAGAGGUUGCUGAAGAACGACAUCCUCAUGUUUCGCACGGCCAGUAGUGUGCUGCACAUUCUGCCCAUCGCAGGGCUCUACACGUUCUUGCCCAAGUACCUAGAGUCGCAGUUCAGGCAGACAGCCCAUACUGCCAACAUGGUCUCUGGCAUUGGAGGCAUCCUGGUGAUGGGUCUGGGCAUUAUCAUGUCAGGAGUAUUCAUCCUUAGAGUCAAGCCCAAUGCAAGGUUUGUGGCCGCAUGGAUUGCCUUUACUGCCGUUGUCUACGCAAUAGGAAUGGGGAUCCUGAUGACUAUUGGAUGUCCAAUGGACGACUUUGCUGGUCUGAAAAUAGGCGAAGGUUUCAAUGCAGCCAAGUUUGAGCCUCCCUGCAAGUUGGAUUGUAACUGCAACAUGGUGAAGUUCAACCCAGUGUGUGGCUCGGAUAGGCUCACCUACUACUCCCCUUGUCAUGCAGGCUGUCAUAACUAUACACUCAGCAAAGACUCGUCUAUUGUAGAGCAGUUCACAGAAUGCUCUUGUAUGGGGUCUGAUGAACAAGUAACGGAGCGCAUUGGUGUGUGUGAGAGUGACUGCAACAACUUCACUCUGUACAUCGUCUUAUUCUCCGUCUUUGUCUUUGUCCACUCGACUUCCGAAGUUGGCAGCAUGCUUCUCAUUCUUCGCUGUGUUGAUCCCAAAGACAAAGCAAUGGCCUUGGGUCUCAUUCAGUUUGCUAUCGGCCUUUUUGGUAACGUGCCUUGCCCUAUCAUCUACGGAGCGUUGGUGGACUCUGCCUGUUUACUAUGGGACACAGUGUGUGGCAAACAAGGUGCUUGUAGACUCUACGACACAAAGAUGUUCCGAUUGUUCUUUCAUGGUACAACUGGGGCUCUAAUGUUGUGUGCGUUCUUUGUUGACAUCAUCGUCUGGUACAAAGCUGGCAGCAUCAACUUCGUAGACGAGCAGACGACUGCUCAGGAUGAAGAACUCAACCCUAUGACGGGGAAGUCAAGAUCGGAAACGAGCGUUUGAUUAAAGCAUCAAGUCCCUAGGGACAUCAGUUACCAAGUUCAGGGAGAGUGCCAUGCUACCUCACAACCCUAGGGCAUCAUAGUUCCUCCCUCACUACCCACCAUUACUCUGCAGCCCCAUUCCUCUUAGGAGGGUUCAAGGGUCAUCUCAACCUUCAACCUUCAGGAGUCUCCAGUCAUCAGUGAACUGCGGACUUUAAUCUUUUAACAAAGGCUUUAAGGAAAACUUGUAAAGUUUACAUUAUAAGUUGAUUAAUUCAAAAUGAAUUGAGGAAUAGUUUCUUGAGGAACUAGGCUUUUUUGUAUUUGAUGUAUAUUUUAUUUUUAUACGUUUUUUGCAAAAAAUUAUUCACCAAGUUUUAAAAACUAGUGUUGAUACAUUUUAAUGAUAAAGAAUGUAAUUUCUUUAAUUUUUAAUGAUAGAUUUUUAGCAAUGAGUGUUUAAAAUUAUUAAACAUGAUAUAUUUUAUCUUAUUAAAUUAGAUUUCAAGAUGUUAGUGAAAAGUUGUUUGAAACGCUUUAUGGAAGAACAGUUUUCUGUUUUAGCCAAGUGUGCUUUUAUUUUAAGCAUUUACCUCAUUGUGUUUUACCAGUUUGACAGUUAACUUUUCUAAAAUAAACUGUAACAAUUAAUUCUAAAUGAUAAACUAAGGUAAUGAAAGGACUUGAUAUUAGUUAUUUAGGUUAUAGCCAUUUUAUAAAUGUGUCAAAACCGCCCAAUUAGGGACUUAUAUAGCUGUAUUUAACUAUAAACACACCACUUUAUAUGCAAGGUUAAAACAAGGUUAAAAUCAUUAACAAGUGUGGUUAUUACCAAAAUACAAUUAAAAUUAUUAAAAACCUGAACAAUUUAUUCUUUCCAAAAGGAUUGCCCCUGCACAUCAGUAGGUGGAUUUAUUACUCGUCAUACUGCAGCAUAAACAGCUGUUUUCCAAUACAGGCAUUGAGGGUCUAAACUAGGUAGCUCUUUUUCUCCCUAGGAGAAAAACUCUGCUUGAGUCAUUAGCAGUACAUUUUGCUCACUCGUUACCUUUGUAUCAAAAGUAUCAGUUGUAAUUCUGGAUUUCAAUAGAUUGUGGUUCAUUCUGUGUUAUUGUCGACUGAGUUCAAAGCUGUUUACAUUGAAUCUAAGAAUGGAUGACUCGAGAAAACAGUUUAUUUCUCUGAAAUCCCAAGAAAUUCAAGAAAAAUAUUGAUAUAUCAAUAGUUUGACAUAUUACUCGUCAUACUGCAGCAUAAACAGCUGUUUUCCAAUACAGGCAUUGAGGGUCUAAACUAGGUAGCUCUUUUUCUCCCUAGGAGAAAAACUCUGCUUGAGUCAUUAGCAGUACAUUUUGCUCACUCGUUACCUUUGUAUCAAAAGUAUCAGUUGUAAUUCUGGAUUUCAAUAGAUUGUGGUUCAUUCUGUGUUAUUGUCGACUGAGUUCAAAGCUGUUUACAUUGAAUCUAAGAAUGGAUGACUCGAGAAAACAGUUUAUUUCUCUGAAAUCCCAAGAAAUUCAAGAAAAAUAUUGAUACAUUAAUAGUUUGACAUAUUGAUAAUUGAUAGUAUAAUGGAUACAAACACAAUCACAAUAUACAAAAGGAUACAAUACCUUACUAAACAGCAGCUUGUUAACAAUAGCAAAAUUGAAAACAAGAUACAAGUCACAUUGGGAGCAUAUCUUUAUAUACAAAUUAUUUUGUUUUUGUAAAUUAGUUUGCUUAAAUAAUGGUGCAGUAUGACGUAAAAUAUAGUUCACCACACAAACUAAAAGUGUCUUUUCAACCAUCUUUCAUUUUCCGAGGGUUAAACUUGUGCUUGUGUCGGGAAGAGUCACUUAGCAUCAUAGUGAUGAAAUGUACUAAAUAAACUAUGAAUAAAUAGGCCUAUACAAUUUUUACUCUUUUAUGAUAUUAUUGUUGCCUGAGAAAAGGCUUAAAAACCCCUAUUAUCAUGAUGGCCUUUGAGUCAAGUAUUUUUACAUCUAGUACUGAGAAAUUACUGAUUUGAUACAAAUAUUUUUAUACUUUUAUAAAACAUAGCAUUUUUUAAUAAUGUUUGACUAAUGUUUAACAGAUGUCAACAUCCCAAAACUGUGUUAAUGUUUUUAAACAUGAGAGUACAAACUAUAUGGCAUAAAAACCAAGCAUAGAUUUAAGUAUAAGACUGUAUUUUUUAUUUACCGAGCAAUUUUCUUACAUAAAAUGUUACUUAUGUUGUUGAAUCUGUCAAGCAUUGAACAGAUGGAAUUAGAUAUUUAUGAAUGUUGUGGCUUUAAAUCUGGAGGAAUAUGGUGCAUUAAAGGCAAAUUUUGUAGACAAAUUGUUGAAAUAAUUCUAGUAAAAUAUGUAAAUUUUCUACAUAUAUAUAUAUUUUAGUAGAUUUAAUGUUUUUUGUAGAUUUGUACAAAGUUUAAGGCCUAAAUGAUUGUAAUUUAUUUGUAGAUAAAGUAUUCUUAUAGAAUCUCAACUAUGGAAACAAAAAGAACAUUUUUAGUGUGUUUGUUACAUGUUUUUACAGUAGAUCUUUUAAGGGCUAUAAGAUAUUAUCAUAGGUAAAUAAUUGCUAACCACGUUGGUUUGUACCAUACCUAUACCAUGGUACCUUGGUUUUAUAAAUUAGUAGAAAAGUUUCUUAUACUGAAUAACCAAACUCACCUAGAAGACUUUAUAGACAUCACAUUUUCAAAGAUAUAUUUUUAGCUAAAUUAUAAUAUAAGUUCAAUUAAGCUAUAGAAUUCACGUUAUGUGUCAUUCACAAUACAUCUGCUUGUAUGAUAUUUAAAAUACAGCGGAGUCUUGCUAAUCAGAACUUGUGAGGCCUGAACCUUUUUGGCUAAGUCAUUUUUCCAAUUUUUUUUUUUUUGUGGCAUUACAUUGACAUGAACAUAGAUGGCAGCAACAAUACUCUACUAUAACCCAUCUGGUGCACAUAAGUAAGACUGACCCUUGUAAGAUGACUUCAAGCCUUGCAUUCUAACAUCAGAUUAUAGAGAAAAAACAUUGGGAAAAACAUUGGGAAAAACAUUGGGAAACCUAGAGGCCAUCUACACAUUCCACUUACCUACAUGUUCAUACUAGCAGGACUCUUCUUUAUGCAAUUGUUAAAACUUUUAAAAUAAAAUGAAAACUAAAUUUAGACAGUAUUUAGUGACUAGAUUUGUAUAAUAAAACAUGUAAAUACAUUAGGUUGAUUAUUGCACCAUGGAAUCUAUGAGCUGAUCUAACAUCACUGAGAUGUUAAGUAUCGUCCAAUGUUCUGGGCUGUGUCUUUUGAUAAGUUAAUUUUAUAUUUGUUAAAUGAAUAUUUUUAGGUUUGAGUUUUGUCCUAAUUUAGUGCAUGUUAAACAAGUAAAUAGUGAUUAUUUAUGUCGAACAUUUGUGUUCUUUUACAAGUUUUACUGUUUUUAUUGUUUAGUUUAUGUCAGCUAAAUUGAUUGUUAAAGGGCAUUUUAGACUACAACGUUUAUGUUAUAUUUGUUAUUUUAGAUAAUUUGUAUGAAAUUUACUGUUGUUCAUGUUCUUUUUUGCUUUGGAUUUUAUUUUUUGAAGAUCUUUAAACUCUCAAAGCCUAAGGACUAUAUGCAGUCCUGAUUCUUUUAUUCUGCUUAUUACACGAUAUUGAUAUUUCACUGAGGCCGAUAUUUUAAUAGGAUUAGAAAUGUCGACUAAACUAAAAAAUGUUUAUCACAAGUUAAUGUUCUUAAAGUUGUUAACAGCUUCUUUUUAUGAGAAACUCAGUCAAUUAUUACGUGCUUGCAACUUCUAUUGCAACAACAUAAAACAUAAAAUAUAAACUUAUUCAACAACAAUUUAUAUACAACAAUUUCAAUAUAUAAAACUUAAACCAGAAUUUUAUAACUGAAAAAUUAGAUAGUUAAUUUUAAAAUCAAAUGUAAAACCUUACUGUUCUUAAAAACAAAUAUACCAAACUGUAUCUAAGCCUUUCUUAGGAUUUUUUGGACAAUGUACUGUAACAAAUUUACUACUAUCAAAUAGUUAAGUAGGUUAGGAGAGAUAAUUAAAUUGACAAUAUCAGUGAUUGAAUAUCAACAUCACAAACAUUUAUAAUCUUUAUACAACUUUGUUAUUUUUUACAAGCUAUUUUCCUUUCCUUGCGCUGUAAUUGUCCUAAUAAAAAAAUUUUCUAUACAAUUUUA